UGUAGGAAUGUAAAGAGAAGAAGAAGUGGGCGUGUGCUUAUCUGAGCUACACAGAUAGAAGUAAGACAUAUAGUGUGGGGUGUGUGGCCACAGGAGAAACAAGCUGUGCGAGCUGUAGUGAGGCUAAAGGAAUAGGAAGAGUCUAGAGGAAGAGAAGUGUUGCAUAAAAUAUCAUUAAUACACAGUUUAGAAGUUAAAGGGCAAGUUUGUAAAAAGUGCCUGAAAGUUAAAAUUGGAAUGAGAGGGGAAUAGAAAGAAAAGGUCAAAAUAAAAGCAUUAGCAGCUGUUGUAGAGUUUCAGCGUGAGACAGGGCUGAAGGAUACUGUGAAGGGGAGAGAGAGAGAAAGAGAAAGAAAGAGACACACACAGAAAGAGAGAGAGAGGGAGGCCAGAAGCAAACAAGACAGAAGAGAGGCUUCUUUCGUCUAGUACUUUGUUAACUGAUCUUAUAGAGGGCUUCCUGUGUCAGCACCAUGGGAAAGUCAGCCUCAAAGCAGUUUGCUGAGGAGGUGUUGCGGACCCAUAAUGAGUACAGGAAGAAGCAUCAGGCGCCUCCUCUGAAGCUGAGCAGCAAACUAAGCAGAGAGGCUUCCCGCUAUGCUGAAAGUCUGGCCAGCACACGGAUCCUGAAGCACAGUGUGGAGUCCAGUAGAGGGAGCUGUGGAGAGAAUCUAGCAUGGGCCUCCUAUGACCAGCCAGGAAAGGAUGUGGUAGAUCGCUGGUAUGAUGAAGUGAAACAGUACAACUUCAACCGCCCUGGAUUCUCCUCUGGCACUGGCCAUUUCACAGCAAUGGUGUGGAAGAGCAGUAAUAAACUGGGUAUUGGUAAGGCCAUUGCAUCAGAUGGUUCUUCCUUUGUGGUGGCCAGGUACUUCCCAGCUGGGAAUAUCACCAACCAGGGACACUUUGAGAACAAUGUCCUCCCUGCAAAAACUGCUGCCCCCACCUCCUAAAGACGUCUAGACCCCCUAAGACUUGACUCAAGUCCAAAGAAACUUAUUCCAUUUUCCAGAAGACUCUGAACUUCUCUGCCGGCACUACUAGAAAUAAUACUCAGGAGAGCACCAUGUCUUGCCCUAUAGCGAACCUUAUAAGUAUCCAGUAUGAACCUGAAAGAAGAUUUGCACUUUGUCUUGAAACCCUUGGUUUAUGAUUUGAAAGGGACUGGUGAAUGAUAUUUACUGUGGAAUGAAAGAAGUGCUAUUAUUUGACAUUGCUAAUAAAGCCAAUUCAGUAUUUCCAGUGACCACA